AAAAUAUCAUAAAAAGUUUCUUGCUCAGAAGCCAGUAAAGUAGCGGCUGCGAUUAUCAUUGCCACAUGCAAUCCGCUUGGAUGCGAGGUUAUUGUGGGCUAUCUCACCUCCGCUGCGGUGUCAACAUAAGGAAUUUUAAUUCUCAACACCGCACCCCAAUAAUUCCUCAGAUCCAUGUAAGGGACCCAAAGCCCCUUACUCGAGUGCACGUGGGGUACCUUAUUCAUCGAAAUCAAAUUGUCAAAUGCACACCACAUCCGUUAGAAAUAGAAAUGAGCUCCCUACUGGAGCGCGAGCACAUGCGAUACAGCCGACAUGAGGAGUCAGAGUCGGCCACACAUUUCAUGACUAGUCGUGGACAAACCAUGGAUAUUCUCAACCGUAAUGCCCCUGACCAAAUAAAGGCAAAUUUUUUUGGACUAGAACUUUAUCAGGAUGCCAUGAAGGCAGUUCUACAACGCUACAGGCCGGAAAAGCGUGUUACCGCGGCAGACCUGUGGGACCCAACCACUCAUGAAACCGCCGCACCACCCUCUAGACACACGCUUCAUCGCAAACUAGAUGAUUUUCUUUAUCUUAUUGUUCAAGAGUCCUCUAGCAGCAAGUGGACUAUACCAAACACUGAGCGUCAAUCUAGCGAGUCACUGCGUAUGACUGCUGAUCGUGCAUUGUCAUCUAAUCAUGCCGAUGGCCUAACGUGCUACUUUUGGUCCAACGCCCCACAGGCCACUGUGCGUGUCGAGGAUGAUAACACUCAAGUAUUUAUUUUUACUGCAACUUAUCUAGCGGGACGGCCGAGGUUUGAAAACAUCAGUCCACCGAUUAAGGACCACGCUUGGGUAAGCCGCCAUGAAUUGCUCCAGUAUGGCGCUGAAUUCAAAAGCUCUGCCAUGUUACAAGUACUUCGGGAUAUCACCGCGGAUAGUACUUUUGAAAAUAGUUAA